UGCGUUUAUUUUAUUUACGUUCUCCGCGGUUCACGCACGCGAGUUUCUACGGCGCGCGCGAUGAGUUCGAACAGCAAGGAACCGUUCCGUCUUCCGGCGCCCAAGUUUCAGGAUGAAACCAAUCGGUCCCUUGACAGUUUCACCAAGCUCCGCAAUCCUCACUUUUCAACGCCCUCGGGGAUGCUCCUGCCGCGGGACAAGCAACCGCCGCCGAUGUACGGACCGCGUGGAUCGACGGUUCCGCCGCGGUUCCUGAACCAGAACCAACGAGGACGGGGAGGAGGGUACCACAACAACCAGCAGCGAUUCCGUGGGCCACCGCCGCAACGCGGUGGACAUAACUAUAAUCAGGGGAGCUCCGGCGGAUUUGAGCGGGAUGUGGUUCCGGAGCUGCUCCAGAUUAACUGGGCGCUGUGGUGUGAAAAGUGUGACUUCAACAGUCGGACGGAGGAGGAGCUGGCGAGGCACUGUGCGGAACAUCGGGGCUGCGACGUGGAGGGGUGCACCUUCGUGGGACAUCCCGGCGUGAUGAAGCGGCAUUGGAGACUUGUGCAUGAUGAGCAGCGCCAGCAGGAGAAGGCCCAGACGGACACGAAGCAGUCGCCGGAGGAGAUCGAUGCGUGGAGAGAGCAACGCCGGAAGCGAUACCCGACCAAGGAGAACGUUGAACGGAGACAGCAAGCGCAGGAGGAGCGGUUCAGUCGGGGUGAGCGGAUUGAGGAGGACAAGCGCAGGUUUGCCAACAGGAAUCAACAGCAGCAGGAACCUCCGAGGGAGGGAGGUGGCGGCGGUCCAAGGAACUUUCGAAACGAAGGUGGACGGGGGAGGAAGAAGUUCAGGCAGAGAAAGAUAAAUGGACCAACUGAGGAGAGCGAGGAAAAUGGAGAAGAUGAGGGCAGAGUUGGAUUUAAAGGAACUUCCGGAUUGAAGGACUAUAAGGAGAAGGUCAAAACGGCACUUUCACUGCUGACUGGAUAUGGAAGUGACAGUGGAGAGACUUCCUCCGAGCAAGAGGAAGAACCUCCAGCGGAAGAGAAGGUUGACAUCAAAGACGAUCCCGGAUUGAGUGAGGGAGAAAUCACUGAGCAGGACAGCGCUACGAUCAAUCCGGAGAGUUUACACAUAAGUGAGGAGGAGGAGGAUGGCGAGAUAGAAUCUGUACCAGAAGUGGAACAAACGCCAGAGAAAGAGCAAACUGAACAAACAGAAGAUCAACCAUCAACAACAGACGAAAAAUCCGGAAAUCGCCGAAAUCGAAAUCGCAAGCGUAAAAAUCAAACCAAACCGGAAGAUCAACCAAAACCCGCCAAAGUGGUCAAACCUCUGCUAGAUUACUCCAAACUUCGUUACGCCCGCCAAAACACGAUGCUCGAGAAGCUGCUGGACAAGGACAUUCGCCACGAACGGAACGUGCUGCUGCAGUGCGUUCGCUUCGUGGUGGACAACAAAUUCUUCGGAAUCGGUCAGCCAAAGGAAGAACAGCCCAUCGUUGAGAGCUCCAAUAAAGAUGUUUAAUUAAAAAAAAAAAGUGAGAA